AUGCUGGGCUAUCACAUGCCACCAAAGUUUGUCAUUGGUUUUGAAGUUUUACUUCUUUGUGUCAUCUACAGCCAUUUGGUCUUUAGCCCACCUGCUGUCCUGACUCUCUGUUCCUGUGCCCUUGCAAUGGCUUUGUGGAAGAUGGAAGACUUGCUGAAUGAGAUCCAGCAUUUGGAGACUUUGGAGAAAAGACCAAGAGGCAAGAACAUUUUUGCCACAAUGGUGAAUAGCUUGGAGGAAAAAUUGAAAUCCAUUCCCAACCUUGCACCCAGUGCUGUGGUCAAGCUGAUGGAUGCUACAGACAGCAGCACACUGACUGCUGAAACCAAGGACAAGCUGCUCAGUGUGCUGGACUGUUGCUCAGGACCUGCCAGCAAUGUCAGGCUGUCUGCAACACAGCAAAGCAUUGGCAACCUUGGUAUGUAUUUGACUGCCAGUGAUUGGGGAAAGCUGCAGAACACAAAUCUGACAAGAGAUGUUUUCCAAACCCUUGUGCAAAGGGUCAAGCAGAUUGGCAUGGUGUCAAUGAAGGAAGAUGUCAAAGCCCAAGCCCUUGGGUUGACACUGCACUGGAUGGAAUCCAAAGGCAUGCCACUGCCAGAUCCAUGGCCUCUGUACUACCUGGGCAGGGAUUUUUCCAAGCUGUUCAUGGGAAUGAGGGUCCAGUGCCAAGUUGGCUCCCUGGCAAGCUAUCCAGGCAACCCAAUGGACUUAGGUGAGGAAUGGAUUAGCAAGGCCUAUGGGACAAAUGAGGUGCCUUUGUGUCGCGAUGUUCCUUUGAGCAUGUACAUUGACAAGAUUCCUCUGAGGUCCACAAGCCAUCUUCUCAAAAAUGUCGCUCAGGCUUCCAAUGCCAAGAUUGCAGCUGUGGCAACACCCCAGCAGAGCAUUCAGCUCCCAGUGUCUGAACCAGAACAACAAACUGCCAAAAUUGAUGCUUUCCUCAGUGCCUUGAACAAGUUCACUGAAAAGUAUGGUGGUGAUGGACAAAGCAGCCAGCAGCAAGCUAGCCAGUCAUCACUGGCUGUGUCUGUUCCUGCUCUGAUGGAUGGCUCUGUGACUGGGUCUAGCUUGAAAGAUUUGGCCAAAACUGAUGAAAGCCAAGAGAAACAUGUUGGACCCACCAGCUUGGAAGAAUUUGAGCUCCAAGCAUUUGGGAAAUUGGCUGCCAAAGCCAAGGCUAAGAACAAAGGAAUGAAAAGGCCUGCAGCUGCUGCAAGUGCCACUGUGCCCAAUCAGAAGGCAGCCCCCAAGGCCAAAGGCAAAAAGGCAACCACUGUGGGAAGCAAAAAUGGGUGGAAGCCUGCUUGUGGAGUGUUUGGCUGCCUUAGGUGCCGUGGAAACAUCAAUGGCUGUGAUACUUGUUGGUCCCCAAUGUUCAAUGGAAAGCGCUUCAGCAGCAGAAAGGAGUGGGCAACUUUCAUGGCACAGAAGGCUGUGCAGAACAAGAAGAAGAAGUGCCAGAAGAAAAAGUGA